AUGGCGACAGCUACAGUGACUACGCCGAAGAAGAGCCACCACGGCCUAUUUUCCAGCAGGACGGCUGGUGGUCGGAUGCCUUUGACGCCUUCUCCUCACGCAACCCGUACCGCAACAAUUACUCCUCAGGCUUCUGAGCAGGAGUCCCCCUUUACUCCUCCUCGUCAAUCGGACAUGUCUCGGGGGAAACCACAGUCGGUAUAUGGCGGCGACCUCUCAUCCUACUUUGCCAAGUCCAACCCCAAGGCCAACCCAAAGGGGAGUGCAAAGCCCAGCGCUAAGCCUUCGACUCGUCCCACUCACCGGGACUCGCCCAAGUCCAACAUUGCUUCACGGGCCCGGAAAUCACCCAAGCAUCUCGAGCUGGGUUCCCCUUCUAGGGAGCGCCGGCGUGAAGUGAACGUUCGCCCUCGCCCUGGAAAGAGCACAUUGCGAGUGGCUCACAAUACUGGUGAUCGAUUUAUCCCCAACCGAAGUGCCAGUGAGGGUCUGGUGACCACCGGUGCAGCGAAGCCGGAAGACAACCAACGUCCCAAAACCAGUAGUGGGGAGGGUUCUACUGUCCUUGCAUCUGCAAGCGCUUUUGACAUCAACGCUCGAGCAGCGGAGGACGAUCUUACAUCCGCACUGGAGAACAUGGGAUUAGAAGACAAUGAGCCUUCUAGCUACAGCCGCCCCGCCCCAGACUCAGUUGCAUAUGAGUCAUCAUUGGCCAACGCCUGCGACAUCAACUUGAACACACGUAUCCUGGCAUUCAAGCCGCCUCCACCAGAGUCCACCAAGCCCAUCGACUUACGUGCUCAAUACAACCGUCCUCUUCGCCCCUCCAAAUCCUCCGCCGCUCAGUUCCGUCGCCGUGUUCAGACCGCUCCUGAGCGAGUACUGGAUGCACCCGGUCUGCUCGAUGACUACUACCUCAACCUCUUGGAUUGGAGCUCUGGCAACCAGGUUGCCAUUGGGCUUGAGCGCAAUGUCUACGUCUGGUCCGCUGAGUCGGGCACCGUCAACUGUCUUCUGGAGACAUCACCCGAUACAUAUGUGAGCAGCGUAAAGUGGAGUGGCGACGGUGCCUAUGUUGGCGUUGGUCUUGGAACUGGUGAGGUUCAGAUCUGGGAUGUUGAAGAAGGAUCCAAGCUGCGCAGUAUGCAUGGCCAUGACUCUCGUGUUGGCGUUAUGGGCUGGUCCAAGCACACUCUGUCUACGGGUGCCCGAAGUGGUCUUGUCUUCAACCACGAUGUUCGUAUUGCUCAGCACAAGGUCGCAGAGCUUGUCUCCCACACUUCCGAGGUUUGUGGUUUGGAAUGGCGUUCCGACGGCGCACAGCUUGCUACUGGUGGUAACGACAACAUGGUGAAUAUCUGGGAUGCUCGUUCUCUCAAUGCCCCCAAGUUCACCAAGACCAACCACCGUGCUGCAGUCAAGGCACUCAGCUGGUGCCCCUGGCAACUCAACCUGCUGGCUACCGGAGGUGGAUCAUAUGACCGUCACAUCCAUUUCUGGAACACCACAACCGGUGCCCGCACGAACAGCAUCGAUACUGGAUCCCAAGUCACCAGUCUUCGCUGGAGCAAUCACUACCGCGAGAUUGUGAGCUCCAGUGGCUUCCCAGACAACUCGUUGAGCAUUUGGAGCUACCCAACUCUCGUGCGCAAUGUGGAAAUUCCAGCCCAUGAGACUCGUGUCUUGCACAGUAGCCUGAGCCCUGAUGGACAGAUGCUUGCUACGGCUGCUGCAGAUGAGAGCCUGAAGUUCUGGAAGGUUUUCGAGCGCAAAGCCGGCACCAGUGCCUCGGCCUCGCGUGAAGGCGGCGUUGGAAGCAAAGCACAAUUAACCAAGGCCAUGACGAUUCGCUAG